CUGAUGUCUGGGUUUAGUAACGGGACAGCAGGUGCACCGUUUAUCCUGAUGUAGUCAACAGAGGAAGGCAAACAAUACUUCCACCCCUGCGUUCAUCAUCGUUAUUUCUGCUCCACGUGGGUUAUCUCGACAAGCUAGUACAUCUCAGACGAAAUUAGCUCUCGGUUAACUGAAAAAAAGAAGACGGGGGGAAGCUGCCUCUUUUAUCAAUCAGUAAGCAGCGGCUUUUUGUUCCAGUCACCAUGGCGAUAGCCACUGUAGCCACCGAGUACGUCUUUUCCGAUUUUUUGUUAAAAGAUGCCACGGAGGCGAAGUACAAAGGGGUGCGUCUGGAGCGAGCAGUGGACAAAAUAGUUACGUUUGUGGCGGUGGGACUACCUUUGUUUCUCAUCUCGCUCGCUUUCGCUCAGGAGGUGUCAGUAGGUACCCAGAUCAGCUGCUUUGCUCCCACUAACUUUUCUUGGAGACAAGCUGCAUAUGUGGACUCUUUUUGUUGGGCUGCAGUGCAGCAACAAGCUGACAGUUCACCACUAUGGCUACACAAGUUCUUUCCAUACAUCCUGCUCUCUUUGGCCAUCCUCAUGUACAUCCCUGCCUUGCUGUGGCGUUUCACUGCAGCUCCGCACCUUUCUUCUGACCUCAGCUUCAUCAUGGAGGAGCUGGACCGCUUUUAUAAUCGUGCCAUUAAACUAGCCAAGAAUCUUGCGUCAUUAGAUGGAAAGGAUGCAUCCGAAGACACCCCAAGCGCUGCUUUAGAGCUGACUGAAGGCUGCUUUAAAUACCCUUUAGUGGAGCAGUAUCUGAAGACUAAACGCUUCUCUCGCAGCCUUGUAGUUAAGUACAUGGCGUGUCGGGGUCUGACACUGCUGACCCUCCUGCUGGCAAGCCUGUUCCUCGCCUACUACAUCCUGCUGGCUUCUCUCACCGACGAGUUUCCAUGUGACCUGCGGACAGGUGUCCUGAAGAACGACAGCAUGGUGCCAUCUGCUGUUCAGUGCAAGCUUAUCGCAGUGGGUGUCUUCAGGCUGCUCAGCUACAUCAACCUGGGUGUGUAUGUGCUCCUCACUCCGUUGGUGGUGUAUGCUGCUCUUGGACCAGCGAGGCAGAGCUCCAGCUUCCUUCGACCUUAUGAAAUGCUGCCUGGAUUUGGUGCUUUGGGUGUGGUCACACCCAUUUACAACGAUCUCAGUAUCUAUUUGCUGUUUCUGCGAGAGAAUCUGAGCGAAUUGAAGUCAUAUAAGUGCCUGCAGGUGCUGGAGUUGUUGCAACAGGCUGGCGGAGAGGGGUUUGACACCAUGUGCUUGCUACAAACUCUGGGUCAGGUGAAGACUGAUGUGUUGGAUAGUCAGAAGACGUGCUCACACAAGAACAACAAAGAAACAAAAAAAGCUACAGAAUAAUUAAACUGAGGAGGUGACGAUAAGUCCUGCUGUGAUG